CUACAUUUAAAACCAGUAUAAAACCAUCAACCUCAGCAUCAUGAACAAGAACAUGAAUAGCUUAUAUGCGAGGAGCAAAAGUGUAUCUGAAGAAACUCUGUUCCCCCAUAAUGAAGAGGAAGGGGCUCUCCAAGGACUGGAGCAGUACCGUGUCAGGAGACUUUCCUGCCGUACUCUCCAGCUUCCCCCUUUGGCAUUCAGGCAGCUGGAGCAAGCAGAUUGGGAUCGAAAGGGUGAUGCAGAGGCCAUGGGACGGCCCACCAGUCUUCCGCUGCGGACUCUUCCUCUAAUUGCUAUCACGGCUGCAGAAUCUGUCAGUUUUGACGUCGACAAUGGCACCUCAUCGGGACGGAGUCCCUUGGAUCCCAUGACAAGCCCAGGCUCCGGGCUGAUCCUCCAGGCUAACUUUGUUCACAGUCAACGUAGAGAAUCCUUUCUCUACCGGUCAGACAGCGAUUAUGACCUCUCUCCAAAGUCCAUGUCCAGGAACUCCUCCAUCGCCAGUGAUAUACAUGGAGAUGACUUGAUUGUGACACCAUUUGCUCAGGUGCUGGCCAGCUUACGUACUGUACGGAAUAAUUUUGCUGCAUUAACCAACCUACAGGAUCGAGCACCCAGCAAACGGUCACCCAUGUGUAACCAACCAUCCAUCAACAAAGCAACCAUAACAGAGGAGGCCUACCAGAAGCUGGCCAGCGAGACCCUGGAGGAGCUGGACUGGUGCCUGGACCAGCUGGAGACCUUGCAGACCCGGCACUCCGUCAGCGAGAUGGCCUCGAACAAGUUUAAAAGAAUGCUCAAUCGGGAGCUAACCCACUUAUCUGAAAUGAGCCGAUCGGGCAAUCAGGUCUCUGAAUAUAUAUCCAACACAUUUUUGGACAAACAGCAUGAAGUGGAAAUGCCAUCCCCGACACAGAAAGAGAAAGAAAAGAAAAAACGGCCUAUGUCUCAGAUCAGUGGAGUGAAAAAACUCAUGCACAGCUCCAGUUUAACCAAUUCCAGCAUCCCCAAAUUUGGAGUUAAAACUGACCAAGAAGAUAUUCUAGCCAAGGAACUAGAAGAUGUAAACAAAUGGGGCCUUCAGGUGUUCAAAGUAGCCGAAUUAUGUGGGAACCGACCUUUGACAGUCAUCAUGUACACCAUUUUUCAGGAACGGGAAUUGUUAAAAACAUUCAAAAUUCAACCAGACAUGUUAAUAACAUAUUUGAUGACAUUGGAGGAUCAUUACCAUGCAGAUGUGGCGUAUCACAAUAACAUACAUGCUGCAGAUGUUGUACAGUCCACACACGUGCUCUUGUCAACACCAGCUUUGGAGGCGGUUUUCACAGACCUAGAGAUUCUGGCUGCCAUUUUUGCCAGUGCAAUACACGAUGUCGAUCAUCCUGGGGUUUCAAACCAAUUUCUUAUCAACACAAACUCUGAACUCGCCUUGAUGUACAAUGAUUCGUCGGUCUUGGAAAACCAUCAUUUAGCCGUGGGAUUCAAGUUACUGCAAGAGGAGAACUGUGACAUUUUCCAGAAUCUGACGAAAAAGCAGAGGCAGUCUUUGAGGAAAAUGGUUAUCGACAUUGUGCUGGCAACAGAUAUGUCUAAACAUAUGAACCUGUUAGCUGACCUGAAAACGAUGGUUGAAACGAAGAAAGUAACUAGCUCUGGAGUUCUGCUUCUUGAUAACUAUUCAGACAGGAUCCAGGUGCUACAAAAUAUGGUACACUGUGCAGAUCUAAGCAAUCCAACGAAACCACUCCAGAUAUAUCGCCAAUGGACAGAUAGAAUAAUGGAGGAGUUCUUUCGUCAGGGAGAUAGAGAAAGAGAAAGGGGCAUGGAGAUAAGUCCCAUGUGUGAUAAGCACAAUGCAUCAGUAGAAAAAUCACAGGUGGGAUUUAUAGACUACAUUGUUCAUCCUCUCUGGGAGACCUGGGCGGACCUUGUACAUCCAGAUGCCCAGGACAUCUUAGACACCUUGGAGGACAAUCGUGAAUGGUACCAGAGCACAAUCCCUCAGAGUCCUUCUCCUGCCCCAGAUGACCAAGAGGAGGGUAGGCAGGGCCAAACAGACAAAUUCCAGUUUGAACUAACACUGGAGGAAGAUGGUGAAUCAGACACAGAGAAAGACAGUGGCAGUCAAGUGGAAGAAGAUACCAGCUGUAGUGACUCCAAAACGCUUUGCACCCAAGACUCAGAAUCCACAGAAAUUCCCCUGGACGAACAAGUUGGAGAGGAAGUGGUAGAGGAGGAGGAGGAGGAGGAGGAGAGUCAGACAGAACCUUGUGCGCUAGAAGAAGAACGUUCUCCUGAUACGUAACAGUGCGGCAGCUUUGUAGCUCUCUUGCCUGUCCUCCUCUCUUCUCUUUUUAAAAAAAAUAGAAAAUGGUUUCCAAAGUGCAUGUCACACGGCACAACCAUUGGUCACGCCUCACUGUCAUCUGCCAGAGAUGUUUGUUGAUCAAAAACUGACCUUGAUUACUCAGUUUGGCACUCAGGAAUAUUGUAACCAGAAUUGUUCAUCUCCAUGGCAUCAGAAAGCAAAGGAGAACACCGGCAAUGAACAGUUU